CCAAUCAGAAGUUUUUACGUCAUCCAGUUGCGUCUCUCUUUCACCCCUCCUCCCCUCCAAUGAGCUAGCUAGCUGUACCGUGGCUGCUGUGAACCUACAUUUUAUAUUGUUGGUGUAUGGUUUUUAAAAGCAACAGGGCACAAAAAGACAUCCUCCAUGGCUUCUCGAGAAGGUCCGAGAGCAACAGGAACAGAUGGCAGUGACUUUCAGCACAGGGAGCGAGUUGCUUCCCACUACCAGAUGAGUGUCGCCUUGAAGUCUGAAAUCCGCAAACUCAACAUUGUCCACCUGCUGAUCUGGGUUCUGUUGGCUGCUCAGGUGACAGUGAGCCAACUGAGCCUCGUGUCCCACAAAGUGGUGGCCACCCCAUACCAGUGGGAAUACCCGUACCUCCUGAGCAUCAUUCCCACAGUCUUCAGCUUCCUGGCAUUGCCUCGGAACAACAUCAGCUACCUUGUCAUCUCCAUGAUCAGCGCUGGGCUCUUCUGCAUUGCGCCGCUCAUCUAUGGAGGCAUGGAGAUGUUUCCCGUGGCUCAGCAGCUGUACCGCCACGGCAAAGCUUAUCGCUUCAUUUUUGGCUUCUCCGCCGUGUCGGUUAUGUACCUUAUCAUCAUCAUCGCUGUGCAGGUGCAUGGCUGGCAGAUCUACUACAGCAAGAAGCUGCUGGACCAGUGGUUCACCACCACACAGGAGAAGAAGAAGAAAUGAACCCUGAAUUAAAUACCUCCCAUCAGUUUGGACGAAAACCAGCAAAUGGAAGAGACUCAAAGGAGCUUUUUCUAUAUUUAUAUAGAAUUAAAUGUUUGGAGAAAGGAAAAUCAGACCUUGAAUAUCCUGUAAUUGUUGCCUUCAUUGUGUUCCUGUCAUUUCAUUAACACACUAACUCAG